AUGAAGUUUGACAUCAAAGACGAUAAAAAAAAGAGCAACAGGGGAGGCAAGAAAUCACCUCAAAAAAAAUCGGAUGACAAGAAGGACAUCUUGCAGACAACCAUUUUCAACAAUUUAUACUAUCCUUCAAACAGAGUCCACUGUGAUGCAUGUGAAAAAGAUAUUAGCAAGCAAGUUAAAAUAUAUUGUCCUGGCUCCUAAUCAGAUAUUUGCAUGAACUGCUUUGCAGAUGGAGUAGAAUUCAAUAGUCACAAAAUUGAUGAAGAUUAUCAUGUUAUCAACAAAUUAAAUUAUCCUCUUUUAGCUGAUGAUUGGACUUGCGAAGAAGAGUUGCUUUUAUUCGAAGGUCUAGAGAGAUUUGGUUUCGGUAACUGGUAGGACAUAGCAGAUCACAUUGGUACUGACAAAACAAAGGAAGAUGUUGAAAAGCACUACGAAGAAUGUCAUUUAGAUGCUUCUACUAAAGGAUUUUACCCUUAAGAGAAAGCUUAGUUUUUAACUAGAAGAGAUGAAAAAACCUUAGAACUUCACAUCACUAAGAGUGGAAAGAACUCAAAUUAAAUGCAAGAAGAAAAAGCUGGUAGAAAGAAAUCAGCUAGAUCACUCGAAAAGAAUGCACAACCUCCUGGUAUUUAAUAAUCUUCUAUUUCUACCUCAAAUGCUCGUGCAUUAACAACACCUAAUUAAGGAAAUUUGCAAACCAAUUAAUAAAAUACUACUAAUCAUGCACAAAAUGGUAAUGCUUAAGAUAUUGUCGGCUACAUGCCCUUGAGAGGUGAUUUUGAUAUCGAGUACGACAAUGAUGCAGAACUUCUACUUGCUGAAAUGGAGUUUAACGAUGACGACAAAGACACAGAGCUUAAAAUGAAAUACAAACUUUUAGAAAUCUAUAAUGCCAGACUAGAUGAAAGAAUCAAGCGUAAAAAAUUCGUCAUAGAAAGAGGACUCCUCGACCUAAAGAAAUAAAACAAUUUAGAUAAGGAAAGGACUAAAGAAGAAAAGGAAAUAUAUAAUAUGAUGAAGGUAUUCAGUAGAUUUAGUAAACCUGAAGAACACGAAAGAUUAGUUUAAGGAAUUAUAAAGGAAAAGCAAAUUCGUUAACGUAUAGAAGAGCUUAAAACUUACCGUAAAUUAGGGUUGAAAACAUUUGAAGAUGUAGAGAAUUACUUAAAUUAAAAGAGAAAAAAUGAUGAAAAUUUCAAUAAAAGAUAAAAAAAUAACGAAAAAAUGUUAUAAGAAAAGUCAUCUGUUGCUUCUUCUCAAGGCAAUAGAUAAACAUCACGUAGAACUCGUUCUUUGAACAUGUUUGUAGAAAAUAAGGAUCAUGUUACAGACAAAAAGAAACAGCUUCCUCCAAAUGUUACCGAACAAGAAAUAGAGUUGUGUGAUAAGCUCAAUAUAUCUCCAUAUGAGUAUUUGGUUAUGAAAGAAGUUCUUGUUAGAUAAGCUAUUUAGGAAGGAUUUAUAAAAAUUGAAUAUGCAUAACACAAACUUAAAUUAGAUAAAGAUCGUGUAACUGGCAUAUUCGACUUUUUAGUUGCACAUAAAUAUAUUUUAGAAAAGAAGUGA